AUGUACAUACCUCUAUUUCGCCAAAAAGGCGAGUUCGAUGACUUAUCGGAGCGUCUGGAUGCUUUAAGUGGAGGAGGAAAACAAGUUGCUCAAGAUGAGGAAGUGGAUCCGAUAUAUAUGAGUGUUAUCCGGGAGAAGAUAGCCAAUGCUGGAAACCUUGUCCACGAAAUAAGAGGCCGCCAAUUUUCGCAUUUUGAUAAAGGU